AUGUCGGACGAUUCAGACGUGGAGGUAGUGUCCGCCGCGGAACCCUCCUCUCCACCAAGAUCACGGCGCCCAUACUCCCGCACGUCCACGCCCAAGACGCACACCGUUCAGGUGAUACCGUCGCCAGUAUCGAAUCCACACGAAUACAAAUAUCCAGAGGACUCUGAGAAGAUCUACAAGGUGUUGAGGGAGUAUGAAGACGUAGAUUCUUUGGAAUAUACCGUCAUGUUUGGCGAUACCCACACAGAGAGGAUACCAUUUGAGCGACUCUUGGAACUCGACAACGGCCCCACGGCUCUUGAGCAUUUCCAACAACAUCCAGAACCGUCAAGUUCGGAAGACGACCUCGACCUCACUAGCGACAUGAGAUUGCAGCUGAGGUUGAACUACGAGGGUGAGGAUAGUGCUCCAACAAGCAGGAGCCAGAGCCGGCGACGCGGCAAGAGAGGCAUGCGAUUCACAAAGCCCACUCGCCGGACGAGCCGCCUAGCUAGUCCAAUUACCUUGGCUUCCAGCGAGGACGAUGAUGAAGAUGAUGAGGACGCCGAGAUGGGUGAAGACAGCGACGACAGUGGUCAGCGGGUGAGGCGCAGCAGGCGCACCCGUCAGAAACCACAGCCAGCCCCUCGGCCUGCAACGCGGCUUACCAGGCAAACAUAUCGAGAGCAUUACUCGCAAGAUGACGAAGAUGAGUCGGAUUCAGACCCAUAUGCGCUUCUGCAGUCAGACGUCUUCCCUCGCCGGAAGAGGAAGCGAAACUCGGAUACGGGGCAAUCGUCCAAGAUGCUUCGCUUUGGAACACGCCGCUCCGAUCGGGCUACUCGGCACCAAGACAACAUGGAAGAGCUGGGCAUUGAUCAGGAAACGUUCCGAAAUGAUGAGCCAAAGCGUCCGGUUCCGCCAAAGGCUACUGGUGCACGUGAGGUAUUCCAGGAACUUGAUCAUAAUGAUCCCUUCCGAAGCUGGCAUGUUCAGCAGUGCGACACUUGUGGCCAGGGAACGACCAUUGGCCCGCUCAUUUACUGCCAGGGAUGCAUUCUCGCGUACCACAAGGGCUGUCUCGGUCACCGUACCGGCCGCGAUCAUCUGGUGACGAAGGUAUCUGAUGAAAGCUUCGUCCUUCAAUGCCGUCGUUGUGUCAACGCCCAUCACAAGAAAGACCAGCUUGCACCCGAUCUUGGAAGAUGCCAAGUGUGUAAAGAGUCUAGCAAAUCUUGCAAGGCUUUCCGCCAGCGGAAGUCGGCUAUGCAGGAACAGCGUGAGCGCGAGGAGAACGAGGGCGAAGAUCCAAUCAUUGAAGUCAGCCCGACUCUCAUCAACAGCCGUUUCAACAUUCUCUUCCGCUGCCUAACCUGCUGGCGUGGGUUUCAUUUUUAUCAUCUCCCGCCAAAAUCUCCUCACCACAUGGAUAUUGAAGAAAAUGACGAGGAAACUGCCGAGCGUAGAUUCUCGGAGUACUCUCAGGCCUGGCAAUGCAAGGACUGCAUGGAGAUGCCGGCAAAGGUCGUCGGGUUGAUCGCUUGGAAGCCCGUGGAUGAAGAGAACUACAUUGCUGGCACGUCUUGCGAGAACGUGGACGAGGACGACAAGGCUUACCUCGUCAAAUGGGAUAAGCUGUCCUACUUCCGUGCAGCAUGGAUGCCAGGAGCCUGGACUUGGGGAGUGACAGCCUUCACCAUGCGCAAGGCCUUCUCCAAGAAAGAGACCGGCCCAAAGAUGAGAACCGAAGAUGCAAUCCCUGAAGAAUUUCUCCGUAUUGAUAUCGUCUUGGAUGUGAAGUACACCAGCAUCGUCGAGAUCCGCAGCGAGGAGAUCGACAAGGCGCGCAUCAAGGAAGUCGAUGAAGCUCUCAUCAAAUACAAGGGUCUUGGAUACGAAGACGCCGUCUGGGAAAAAGUGCCGGUUCCUGAGGACGGCGAUCGCUGGACUGACUUCGUCACGGCUUACAACGACUGGGUGCUCGGCCGCUACACCAAUGUGCCUAAGAAGAGCCCCCUGCAGGCCCGCCUGGAGAAGGCCCGCGCUCAGCCGUUUACCAAGCUCGAGAAGUCUAAGCAGCCGGAUAUCCUUCAGUCUGGAAUGGAGUUGAUGAAGUACCAAAUCGAUGGUCUAAAUUGGCUUUACUACCAGUGGUACUCCAAGAAGAACGGCAUCUUGGCCGACGAGAUGGGUCUGGGUAAGACCAUCCAGGUCAUCGCGUUCUUGGCAACUUUGAUCCAGGACCACAGUUGCUUCCCAUUCUUGGUCGUGGUUCCGAAUUCAACAUGUCCGAAUUGGAGGCGAGAGAUUAAGCAUUGGGCUCCAUCUCUCCGAGUUGUCACUUACUUCGGUUCGUCUCAAGCCCGCAAUAUGGCAUAUCAGUAUGAGAUGUUCCCUGAGGGGAAGAAGACCCUCUGCUGUCAUAUCGUGGUGACUUCCUACGACGCUGCCGCGGACGACAGCUGCAGGAAGUUCUUUAAAAGCGUCAACUGGGCCGGUCUGGUCGUUGACGAGGGCCAACGGCUUAAGAAUGACAAUAGCAUACUCUACAACUCCUUGAACGCUCUCAAGAUUCCCUCCCGUCUACUGCUCACUGGUACUCCCCUGCAAAACAACGCUCGCGAGCUCUUUAAUCUCCUGCAGUUCCUUGAUGACGAAAUCGACGCGGCUUCACUUGAGGAGGAGUAUGAGGAGAUGACCAAGGAAAAGAUCCUAAAGCUUCAUGACCUUAUCCGCCCUUAUAUCCUUCGGCGUACGAAGGCGCAGGUACUUACCUUCUUGCCGCCCAUGGCACAGAUCAUCGUACCACUCUCGAUGAGCGUCCUUCAGAAAAAGCUCUACAAGUCCAUUCUUGCGAAGAAUCCCGAACUUCUCAAAGCUCUUUUCUCUUCGGAUCGGCAGCUUAAACCAAACGAGAGAGCCAACCUCAGCAACAUCUUGAUGCAGUUACGUAAGUGCCUGUGUCACCCGUUCAUCUACAGUCAAGAGAUCGAAGAGAGGACGGAUGUCGCCGCAAUCUCGCAUAGGAAUCUGGUUGAAGCGUCUGCAAAGCUCCAUUUCCUUGAACUGAUGUUGCCGAAGCUAAGGGAGCGGGGCCACCGUGUUUUAAUCUUCAGCCAGUUUCUCGACAUGCUAGACAUCAUCGAAGACUUUAUGGAUGGCUUAGAGAUGGGCUACCGCCGUCUUGAUGGUACCAUCGGUUCUUUAGAGAAGCAGAAGCGGAUUGACGAAUUCAACGCCCCUGAUUCGCCUCUAUUUGCAUUCCUGCUGUCUACCCGUGCUGGAGGUGUCGGCAUCAACUUGGCGACUGCCGACACAGUAAUCAUUUUGGAUCCCGACUUCAACCCUCAUCAAGACAUUCAGGCUCUUUCCCGUGCCCACCGUAUCGGCCAGAAGAAGAAGGUCCUGUGUUUCCAGCUCAUGACCCGCUCAAGCGCUGAAGAGAAGAUCGUCCAGAUCGGACGCAAGAAAAUGGCCCUGGAUCAUGUCGUGGUAGAGUCCUUGGAUGAUGAAGACAUUGAGGAUAAGGACGUCGAAUCCGUCCUUCGACACGGUGCGGCUGAGCUAUUCUCCGACAGCGGUGACCAGGAUAUCAAAUACGAUCAUAACUCCAUCGAGCAGCUCUUGGAUCGUACCCAGAUGGAAAACACCAAGACUGGCACAGAUGCUUCAGCAGAGACGCAGUUCAGCUUUGCUCGUGUCUGGGCCAACGAUGCCGGUGCACUGGAAGAUACAUUGCCCACCGGGGACGACGAACAGGAGGUCCCACCUGAUCCGUCCGUUUGGGACAAGAUCCUCCAAGAGCGUGAAAAGGCAGCGGCAGCGGAGGCGGCAGCUAAGGCAGAAGCACUCGGGCGUGGUAAACGCAACCGUGGUCUUGUCGACUACAAUGAUCUUGGAGACGGUGUCGAUGCUGCCGCCGGCUCUCCUGCCAAAGCUCACGGUCGCUCUCGACGUGGCGGGGACAGUGACAGCGAUACGGACUUCCACGCAGACGGAGCGGCAAGCGGCGACGAUGAGGAAAGCGUCCAGGCGGAUGACCAUGUCGACGUUAGCGAGCUUGCACCGGCUCGCGACGGCAAGGUCUCGGGUCUGGCUGUAGCUGGCCAGACACCGCAAAAGCAACGAAAACGUCGCUCUAGCCCUACUGCCAACCGACGAUUCCAACGCGUCCCCGAACCGCAGUUUCCCCCCGCCUACCCGUCCGACCUCCCCCUCGCCGCCGGCUACGUCCGCACCUGCCCGGCGUGCACGCGCACGCACCUCGUCGGCGCGUGCCCGCUCAAGCUCGCGGGCGUCGAGCACUGCAACCUCUGCGGCCUCGCGCACUUCGGCUCCGGCCGCACCUGCCCGCACAUCGGCUCCGAGACGCAGGUCCGCGAGAUGCUGCAGGCCCUCAAGCACAGCAGCGAGCCCCGCCACCUCGUCGACGCCGCCGUCAAGUACCUCCGCGGCGUGAAAGGCAACCUCGUCCAGAAGAAGAAGCUCGCCGCCGAGAUGGAACGCCGCGGCGCCGGCCUCCCCGCCCUGUAUGCCGCGCAGGUCCAGCGCGAGCAGAUGGAGUAUCAGAAGAGCUUGCUGCUGCAGCAGAGGGGCGAGCAGCAGACGCAGAUGCAGCGCGACCAGUUGGACUAUCAGCACGGCCGCCAGCGCAACGGCUUGUCGAGCCAGCAGGCGGCCAUGAAUGCCGUCUCGGCCCGGUCGGGCGGUGCCGGCUUGUUGUGGUCGACGCCGACGCCGACGACUAACAACGCGCCGCUGAGUGACGCACGUCCGGGUGCGACGACGGCUUCCGCUUCAGGAGACAACGGUGGAGCGGGAAGCGCGGGCGGAGGCGGAGGCGGAGGCCAGCAACAUGAUGAUGAGGCGGUUGCGGCGGCCUUGAGCGGGUUUCUGUCUCAGGCGCCCGCGAGGGCGGGUUCCGGGUCCGGUGGUUCUUGA